CGCCCAAACUUGCGAACUGCGUGACCGGUUUCGAUGCGGCCCUUCUCACCUCACGACCGCUUCUUCUCCUCGCUGAAUCAGGUUGAGAAGAGAUUGGCUUCCGAGAAGGAACUCAUUUCGCCACCAUCGCAGGUAUCCUUCAGCUCUCCUCUCUACCUGUCGUCCUCCAAACCCCAACCCGCCUCCUUCAAACCUUCCACCCUCGACGAAAGCAGCGACCCAGCGCCGGAGUUCCUCUCAAUCCCGCCUGAAAAAGCACACGAUCUGACUCCUCCAGAGGCAGUGCAGGACGACAUCAACGAUGAAGAAGAAGAUGAUGAAAUUGAUGGCCUCAUAAGUCUUCUAGGCUUAUCAGAGGACGGCGAAGACUGCGGGGGUGGCUUGGGCUCUUCGUACUGUAGCGGAGGUGGAUUUUACCGAAAAGUGGUAGGGCUCAAGGGGCCGAAUUGCGAGAAAGAAAUGCAGCGACUUGAUGGUUGGAUCGUGCAUUACCGGCGGGAAAGGAAAGAACCAGCGAGACUCGCUCAUCUUCUGCUGGCUAAAGCCGUAUCGUUGGCGGGGAGGGACUGGGGUACUGAUGAUGACAACGAUGCUGCCUUCGGGGAGAUUGGGUUUCCUUCGACUGUGGAGGAAUUUUUGGGGCAUGAUCCACCUUUUGAGAAGAGUAAGUAACAUCAAUGUAUUGAAUAUACGCUGAGCGAUCUGAUUUUGUGUAUGAAAUGUUCAAUUUUGUAGAAAUCAGCUGCAGCUUGACAGGGCAUAAAAGUGACGUUUUAGAGGGAAAUUUUUGACGAAAAUACAU